AUGAGCAUCCCACAUGUUCUGGCCAUACCUUUUCCCGCACAAGGUCACGUGAUUCCUCUUAUGGAGGUCUCGAAACGCCUUGUCGACUGUGGGAUUCGAGUUACAUUCGUGAACUCGGACUUCAUUCACAAAAGGGUCAUCGAUGCACUCGCGGACAAGGAUUCUCUUGGAGGUAACAUCCGUUUAGUUUCCAUUCCCGACGGGUUGGAACCUGAGCAAGAUAGGAAUGAUCUAGGAAUACUAGUGGAAGCGAUGUCCCAGGUCAUGUCCGGGAAGCUAGCGGAACUCAUACGAGAGACCGAGGAAAAAGGAGAGAAAAUCACCUGUGUCCUUGCUGAUGGGAGCAUUGAGUGGGCUCUGGAAGUUGCGCAUAAGAUGAAGAUUCCUAAAGCUGCAUUCUGGCCGGCAUCCAUUGCGCUCUUCGCAUCGGGAUUGAGCAUUCCGAAGAUGAUCAGUGAUGGAAUCAUCGAUGAUGAAGGAGUAGUGAUUAAACAUCAGAAGUUUCAACUGGCACCCGGCAUGCCUGACAUGAGCCCGGCAAACUUUACUUGGGCCUGCAUUGGCGAUGUAGCUACACAGAAAAUCAUGUUCAAUGUUAUGGUCAGAAUCAGCAAAACCGUGGAACUCGCAGACUGGUUUAUAGGCAACACGUCCUGUGACCUAGAGCCUGCAGCCCUCGGCUUCGCUCGUAGGAUCCUGCCUAUCGGCCCACUCUUGGCGAACCACCGGCUCAAUAGCUCAGCCGGAUACUUCUGGCCCGAAGACUCGGACUGUUUGAUAUGGCUGGACCAACAACCCCCAAAGUCUGUCAUUUAUGUUGCUUUUGGCAGUUUCACGGUUUUUGACCAAACCCAAUUCCAGGAACUGGCCUUGGGGCUUGAACUCUGCAACAGGCCAAUCCUAUGGGUUGUUCGUCCUGACACCACCGAACAGAAAGAUGAUGCGUACCCAAAAGGGUUCAAAGAGAGGAUCUCGGGUCGAGGGAAAUUGGUUGGUUGGGCUCCGCAGCAAAAAGUCCUGGCUCAUCCUGCCAUCGCCUGUUUCAUGAGCCAUUGCGGUUGGAACUCCACCAUGGAAGGAGCAAGCAACGGCAUCCCUUUCUUGUGCUGGCCAUACUUUGCCGAUCAGUUCCUUAAUGAGAACUACAUAUGUGACUUGUGGAGGGUUGGUUUGAGAUUCGAUCGAGACGAGAGCAAGAUCAUAAGGAGAGAAGAAAUCAAGCGCAAGGUGGAUCAAUUGCUCGAUGAUGAGAACUUCAGUAAAAGAGCUUUGGACAUCAAGGAGAAACUCGCAAAGGGCAUUGAGGAAGGCGGCAAAUCUCACAAAAACUUCAGUAACUUUGUUGAAUGGAUGAAAACUCUAUGA